GGACAGGCGGAGGCGGGAGAGGAGGUUGGAGAGGAUGGCAGUGGCUUUGGAUGAAGUUUGGGGCAGGGUGAAGAAUGUGUGCAAGCAGAACGGGCUGCUCAUCCUGUCCGUGCUGGCCGUGGUCAUCGGCUGCCUGCUGGGAUUCUUCCUCAGAGGCAAGCAGCUAUCAGAGCAGGAGGUGAAGUACUUUCAGUUUCCCGGAGAGCUGUUGAUGCGCAUGUUAAAAAUGUUGAUUCUGCCUCUGGUUGUAUCAAGUUUGAUGUCCGGCCUUGCUGCUCUGGAUGCCAAAUGCUCCAGCCGUUUGGGUAUCAUGACCAUCUCCUACUACUUGUGGACCACAUUUGUGGCGGUGGUGGUGGGCAUUGUCAUGGUGUACAUCAUUCAUCCUGGGGGAGCUGCUCAGAAGGAGGACUCAGAGGAAAGCAAGAAGCCCAUGACCAGCUCAGCGGACGCCCUGCUUGACCUUAUCCGCAACAUGUUUCCUGCCAAUUUGGUCCAAGCUACUUUCCAGCAGUAUCGGACUCAGAGAGUACCGGAGCUCAUCCCUAAACCUACUGUGGCUCAGCUGUUGGAUGAGACCACCACACGUCGUAUUUACAUUUAUGGCAUCCAGGACGACAACGGCACUGACGUCCAAAACUUCUCCCUGGACCUCACGCCUCCUCCGGAUGUCAUCAUGAAAACCUCCCCGGGGACCAGUGAAGGCAUGAACGUCCUGGGAAUAGUCAUUUUCUCUGCUACAAUGGGUAUAAUGCUUGGGAGAAUGGGGCCCAAUGGAAGUGCCCUUGUCAACUUUUGCCAGAGUUUAAAUGAGGCAGUGCUCAAGAUCGUUGCCAUUGUCAUCUGGUAUUUUCCUUUUGGGAUUGUCUUCCUUGUGGCUGGUAAAAUCCUGGAGAUGGAUGAUCCCUCUGCCAUGGGGAAGAAGCUGGGGUUUUAUGCCAUCACCGUGGUCAUGGGUCUGAUACUCCACGGGAUGUUCAUCUUGCCUGCCAUGUACUUCUUCAUCACCAAGAAGAGCCCCAUAGUUUAUAUUAGAGGCAUCCUACAAGCCCUGCUCAUAUCAUUGGCCACAUCUUCAAGCUCUGCCACUCUGCCUAUCACCUUUAAGUGCCUCUUGGAGAACAACCACAUCGACAGACGCAUCAUCCGCUUCGUGCUUCCUGUGGGAGCCACCAUCAACAUGGACGGCACAGCAUUGUACGAAGCUGUCGCCGCCAUUUUUAUUGCCCAAGUCAACAACUACGAGCUCGACUUCGGACAGAUCAUCACAAUAAGCAUUACUGCCACAGCGGCCAGUAUAGGUGCGGCAGGGAUCCCUCAAGCCGGACUUGUUACCAUGGUGAUCGUGUUGACUUCCGUGGGCCUACCGACGGAUGACAUUACUCUCAUAAUUGCUGUUGAUUGGGCUUUAGAUCGAUUUCGGACCAUGGUGAAUGUGAUGGGCGACGCUUUGGCUACAGGCAUCAUGGCUCACAUCUGCAGGAAGGACUUUGUCAAAGAAGGAGAGCAGGUGCCUCUGAUCUGUGAGACCAAACCCAUGAUAAGCAUCCAGCAAAUGAUGAACUACCAGAACCAGAAAAAUGGCUGCUACCAACCUCCACCUUCGGGCAGCAAGCACGACCACCUGUCCCCAGACGUAGCUCGCCUCAUCCAGCUAGAGGAGGGCAUCCGACCGGUGGAGAAGAAGAAGCACGCCCACUCCUCCCACCACAAGAGAGAGCACAGGGACAAGGACCACUGCUCUAUCGACAUGAAUGGACUGGAGACAAAUGUAUAGAAAUCUAUCAAAAAUAUUUAACAUUUAAUAUGUCACAGAUGCCCUGUCAGAGCAUAUGGGACAUCCACAAGGUCAACAGAGGAGCUACAUGGACACUUCCUCCAGCGAUGACUGAAGAAGGCUAAUUGUGGAUGACAGCAUAUAAAGACAUUCAUAACUAUUAAAGAUCUAUUUGCAUGUUACCGUUUGUGUGUGUAUAUAAUUUAUUUGUAAUAAUGUAUGUUAUAUGGUAAGGUGGUGGCAGUGUACAGGACUGGCUAUUGAAGAAAUAACAAUAUUCAUGUCUGAUUUACCACUGGAGUACACAAAGGACCAAAUAGCCUACUUCUACUUAUAAUGAAAGGAAUCUGUCAUGCAUAUUUCUUUUUAUUCACUUUUAUUUUUAGCAGU